UUCAUUCCAAAAGAAUUGAAUACGAUUCAAAAAAGGUAAUAGAAGCAUGUGAUUGGAGCAAGGUGCACUUAAUUCACAAUUUAAAAGACGUGACUUACGUUUUAUUACGUACGUAAACCUAAUGUAUGUAUAUUUUACAAAAACACUCAAGCCAAAAUUGACUUUCGUCACUGGUAAUAAGAUGAAGCUAAAAGAAGUCCAAGCCAUACUCGGUCCUAAUUCGCCAGUAGAAAUAGUUAGUUACAAUUUGGACUUGCCCGAACUUCAAGGUGAAAUAGAAGACAUUAUAGUAAAAAAGUGCCAGGAAGCUGCUCGGCGACUAAGGUUACCAGUUCUCGUAGAAGAUACAUCUUUAUGUUUCAAUGCAUUGGAAGGUCUCCCGGGUCCCUAUAUUAAAUGGUUCAUAAAAAAAUUGCAACCCGAAGGUCUCGUAAGGCUUCUUGCAGGAUGGGACGACAAGUCGGCUGAAGCAAUCUCAACGUUUGGAUUUUGUAAAGGUGACUGCGAAGAUUCAAAAGUAGAAAUAUUUCAAGGAAGAACUCAAGGGACGAUUGUUAAUCCUAAAGUCCAAAAUUAUCACGGUUGGGAAACUUGCUGGGACUGCGUUUUUCAACCUAACGGAUACAAUAAAACUUAUGCUGAGCUUGAAAUAGAAGAAAAAAAUAGAAUAUCUCAAAGAUUUAAAGCUUUGAUGAAGUUAAAAGCACGUUUUUCCCAAAUGGAUCUUUGA